AUGUCAGAGAAAGAGGACGCCGAGUACGAGGAGCAGGAUGUGCAGAGAAAGAAUAACGCAUGUGACUUUCAGUAUAAUAUCUAUUCUGGUGAGACGUCUCUUGGUGUUUGUGUUCUUGUUUCAGGGCUCGUGAAGGAUCAAACGUCCGUUCGACAGCAAGCAGAUGCCGUUGAAGAACCCGGAGAGGAAGAAGGAGCGAAACCAAAGCAAAAACCCUUUGUACCAGCUAUGGUUCCUCCUAAAAUUCCUGAUGGAGAGAAAGUUGAUUUUGACGAUAUUCAUCGCAAACGUAUGGAGAAAGAUCUGACGGAGCUGCAGACGCUCAUCGAGGCUCACUUUGAGAACAGAAAGAAGGAUGAAGAAGAACUCAUCAAACUCACGCAGCGAAUCGAGAACCGCAGGUCGGAGCGCGCCGAACAGCAGAGGAUUCACACCGAGCGAGAGAAAGAACGUCAGAUCAAACUGGCCGAGGAAAAGGCUCGAAAAGAGGAAGAAGAAGCGAAGAGGAAGGCCGAUGACGAUGCCAAGAAGAAGAAAGUUCUCGCAAACUUUCAGUACGCUGGAUACAUGCAGAGGACGGACAAAAGAGGCGGACCGAAGAAACAAACCGAGAGAGAGAAGAAACGAACCAUCCUCAGCGAGCGACGUAAAGAACUGAACGUUGAAAACCUCAGCGAGGACAAGCUCAGAGAGACGGCCAAUGAACUGUGCAAGUGGCUGCGACAGCUGGAAGGAGAGAAUUUUGACCUGCAGUUCAAACACACGCACCAGAAAUAUGAGAUUACUGUACUCAGAAAUCGAGUCAGCGACCAUCAGAAAACUACCAAAUGCUCUAGAAGCAAGAGAAGACUGAAGAAAUGAAGCUGCUGCGUGACCAGAAAUCUCAACCCUGGCAGACAUGAAACCGUUUCAAAGCUUUUGUUUUUCUUCUUGCCU